AACAUCCGAAUUAGCCGGUUAACUUGGGUUUAGUAGUUUCGUAAAGUAAAACCCUAGAUAAUCUUCUCCUCCACCGCCUCUCUCUCUCUGCAACUCAAACCCCUAAUAACCUCUCGCCAGUUUUCUCCGAAAGGUAUCAUCAAUCAAAGUCAAUGGGGAAGAACACGAAGAAAGAGAGGAAAGAUGGAGAAGAAAAAUCUCAACACUCUGCUGCCACUGUGUGCGUCUCUGGCUUGCCUUAUUCCUUCACCAACGCUCAGCUCGAAGAAGCCUUUAGCGACGUUGGUCCCGUCAGGCUUUGCUUCAUGGUCACAAACAAAGGAUCAAACGAACAUCGUGGCUUUGCUUUUGUUAAAUUUGCUUUGCCAGAAGAUGCUAACCGUGCCAUUGAGCUGAAGAACGGUUCUACUGUUGGCGGCCGUAGGAUUACAGUUAAACAAGCCACGCACAGGCCUUCUCUUAAAGAGCGUCGUACUAAAGCAGCCCAAGGAGUCUCAUUACCUGAUAGUUCCCAGGCAGAGAGUGACGAUAACAAGGACAGUUUGGUCCCUGAGACUGUGACUGAGACUGAGACAGACAAGCAAGGUAUCAGUCUGCCUAGAUUUGGUCUCAGAGUCUUUAGUUGGUUUAGUUUGGUCUCCUUUAUCAAUACAUUUGUAUUUGCUGCUUCAGUUCCUCCACCGGAGAAGAAAAUAGAGAAGCCACUUGAGCGCAAAAAACCUACAAAGCCAGCAAAGCUUCUUGUUGAUUUAGCUGAUAAAGAGACAUGUUCAGACAAGCAAAGAGUUGCAAGAACUGUAAUCUUUGGUGGCCUUGUUAAUGCUGAGAUGGCAGAGGCAGUGCAUAGCCGUGUCAAAAAGAUUGGCACUGUGUGCUCCGUCAGAUAUCCCCUCCCCAAAGAGGAGCUUCAACAAAAUGGUCUUACCCAGGACGGAUGCAGGGCAGAAGCAUCAGCUGUUCUCUUUACGAGUGUCAAAUCUGCUUGUGCUGCUGUUGCAACACUACAUCAGACAGAGAUAAAGGGAAAUCUCAUUUGGGCGCGUCAGCUCGGUGGGGAGGGAUCAAAGGCUCAGAAGUGGAAGCUUAUUAUCCGAAAUCUUCCUUUCAAGGCUAAACCUAGUGAAAUUAAAGAGGUCUUUUCAGCAGUAGGGUUUGUCUGGGAUGUUUUUGUUCCUAAAAAUAUUGAAACUGGGCUACCUAAGGGGUUUGCAUUUGUCAAAUUCACGUGUAAGAGAGAUGCAGAAAAUGCAAUACAAAAGUUCAACGGGCACAUGUUCAGUAAAAGACCUAUAGCUGUAGACUGGGCUGUACCUAAGAAUCUCUAUAAUGGUGCCGCUGAUGCCGCCACUGCUCCAGAAGAUGGUGAAAAAGAUGGAAGUGAUGGGGACAGUGAUAAUAGUAGUGUUGAUUUGGAGGAGGUUGAUGAUGCUGUUGAGAGCCACCAAUCUUCAGGAGAUGAUACUGACAAUGAUGAGGAGGACGGCAGUAACAAACCGAGUGAAUCAGAUGCACUGGUGAAAGAUGCUGAGACCGAUGUGAAUUUUGAAGAGGAGGCCGAUGUUGCGAGAAAGGUGCUUAAGAACUUGCUUGGGUCUUCAAAAGUAACAAUUGCAUCUCAGGGUGGAGAGACAGAGGAAUCAGAUAUAAACAUACUCGAGGAUUCAUCAACUAAGCCUGUCGUUGAAUCUUCUGGUGUCUCUGAACCUUUGAAAUCCAGUAAAACCAAAGAGGCGGCUCCCAAAGAAACGCAGGAAAAUGAUGAUUUCAAGAGAACUGUAUUUAUAAGCAACAUCCCGUUUGAUGUUAGCAAGGAGGAAGUCACACAGAGGUUUACCGCAUUUGGGCAAGUUGAAUCUUUAUUCCUAGUUCUCCACCCAGUCACAAAACGACCAAAAGGGACCGCUUUUCUCAAGUUCAAAACAGCAGAUGCAUCAGAUGCAGCCAUAUCAGCUGCCAGUAGUGCCUCAGGUGUUGGUGUCCUUCUUAAAGGAAGGCAACUGAGCGUUAUGAGGGCUGUGGAUAAGAAGUCCGCAAAGGACAUAGGACUCGAAAAGACAAAGGAGAAGAACAUUGACCAUCGGAAUCUUUAUCUUGCUAAGGAAGGUCAGAUCCUUGAAGGUACACCUGCUGCUGAGGGUGUGUCUGCAGAAGAUAUGGACAGGCGACGAAGAUUGCAUGAAAACAAGAUGAAAAAGCUUCAGUCUCCUAACUUCCAUGUAUCUAAAACGAGGAUUGUAAUUUAUAAUUUACCAAAGUCCAUGGAUGAAAAGCAACUACAGAAGCUCUUAGUCGAUGCUGUUACCUCCCGAGCUACAAAGCAGAAGCCAACCAUCCGACAGAUCAAGUUCUUACAAAACGAGAAGAAGGGUAAAGUUGACACGAAGAACUACUCACGUGGAGUUGCUUUUGUUGAGUUCACCGAGCCUGACCAUGCUCUUGUGGCCCUGAGAGUACUUAACAACAAUCCUGAGACGUUUGGCCCUCAACAUCGUCCCGUUAUAGAAUUUGCUGUUGAUAACGUCCAGAAGCUGAAGGUACACAAAGCUAACCAGCAGCAGCAACGCAAUAGAUACAAUGAAUCUAGGGAGCAGCGAGAGAACGGCGAAGCGCAGGGAGAGGACAAUCAUCCUGGCAAUGAUCUAAAACGAAGAACGAGGGAUGGAGAUAACACUGGUUCAGUGGAAGAGAAUGCAAACGGGUAUAAGAAGAGGAAACCUAUGCGCCCACGUGAACAGAGGAGAGAAGAAUCAAAACCAGAGGAGAAGAGCAGUCUCUCUGUGAAAGAAGAUGCAAGGAACAAGAGGCCUACACGUGCACAAGAAAAUACAAAAGAACCGGCUUCAAACCAGAAAGGCCAGUGGAAGAAGAGACAGCAAGAUGCUUCUGAGAAACCAGAUGAGAAGAAGAUAUCCAAAGAUGUGAGCGAUGCGCCAAGAAAGAGAAAGUUUGAGGAGGUUAGAGGCGGAGAUAAUGUAAACGGGCAAAGGAAGAGAAAGAAUCAGAACGAGAGGAAGAAGAAGCAAGGUGGACCCCCCGAGGUUGUGGACAAGCUGGAUAUGCUGAUCGAGCAGUACAGGUCUAAGUUCACCCAGAGCUCAACCAAAACCGGUCCACAGAAACAGAGUUCCGGUCAAGUCAGGAGAUGGUUCCAGUCCUGAGACUUGUAAUGUCAGUUUUGACCUCGAGAUGUCUUUGAAAUGUUGCAUGAUUAACGUUUGUUUUUUUUGAUUCUGUCUGAAAAUUCUCCAUAAUGUUUAUUUUCUGUUGCAAACAUGUUUUUGUUUUGUAUCC